GCAGAGGAGGGCUUCACCGAGGAAAUAAGACAGAGCCUGGGUGAGCCGUUGGUCAAAGAAGAGCUCCAACUCAACUGGUCUGCUUGAUAUUUCCAGCAGACUCAUUCUACGGGGACUGACUGCCUCUGAACAACGAAAGAAAUCUAAAACACCUGUGACAGAAAAUGGUAAAAGUUAAUUUGAGCGUAUUGGCUUUGGGGGUCACACUGCUCCUGUUGGCAGAGACAUGGGCCCAGAAUCCCAGGAAGAGACUGGCACCUCCAAAGCCUAACAAGGCUCAGUGCUGCGAUGAGGUGCGCUCUCUCAAGGUUCAGGUGGCCAAUCUGACCAGUCUCCUUGAGGAGCUGAGUCGCAAGCAGGACACAGAGCUGAUGAACGUCUUGAGGCAAUUAAUGGAGCUGGACAAGCAGAACCGGCAGCAAGAAGCCCGGGUCACAGAGGCUGAGAGCAAGUACUCAGAGAUCAACAACCGCGUGGAGAUCAUGCAGCUACAGACCCUACAGUCUGCUACUCAGACCUCAUCAGAUGCCAUAUAUGACUGUGCAUCCCUCUACAGCAAGAACUACAGGAUCUCUGGCGAGUACAAACUGCCUAAAGAUGACUUUCUGGGUACACCUGAGCUGAACGUCUUCUGCGAUAUGGAGACAAAUGGAGGUGGUUGGACUCUGAUCCAAAGGCGCAAGAUCGGCCUGACAUCAUUCAACCGUGACUGGAAGCAGUACAAAAGUGGAUUUGGAUCCAUCCGCGGAGACUUCUGGCUAGGCAAUGACCACAUCUUCCGUAUAACAAGGCAGCCCAGUAUGCUCAGGAUUGAGAUGGAGGACUGGGAAGGACAGACACGCUAUGCAGAGUAUGGCUUUUUCACUGUGGGUAAUGAGCUUAACAGCUACAAGCUCUUCCUUGCCAACUACAGUGGGAACGCUGGAGACUCCCUGCGCUACCACAACAACACCAACUUCAGCACCAUCGACAAAGACAAUGACAAAUGUGUGGAUGACUGUGCUUCUCGGCGCAAAGGUGGUUACUGGUACAACUGCUGCACUGACUCAAACUUGAAUGGUGUUUUUUACCGCUAUGGUGAGCACACAAAGAGCUCAGAUGGGAUCACUUGGUACGGCUGGCACGGGUCCAACUACUCCCUCAAGAAAGUGGAGAUGAAGGUCCGGCCAGCAGGUUUUCAACCAUAAGUGCUUCGGCUGCGGGUCCUGGAUCAAGAUCAUACGCAUGAAUGCUGAGAGAUCUCACUAAUACCUGUUCAACCAAAUUGUGGCUUUCCCUGGACUGCGAAAGGAAUGAAAAUGUUGUUUGUGAUGGUCUGGUUAAAUUUCAGUCAGAUGAAUGUGUAAUGUUUUUGCCGUGUUUGAUUGUAAAUUGUAGUUCAUUUUGUGUAUUUAUCAGUAAAAUAUUUUAUUUUUAAAACGCUUUGAUAGAUGCUCUUUUACCACUGUCCCAUAUGGGUUACUGCAUUUUGACUCCUUAUCUCAUUUGUCUUGAAAGCACUAGGAUGUACUUUUUAGUUAACACAAGCCAUUUAUGGGUAGUAGCAAGAAUCAGCCCAGACUGGUCUGGUUCAGGUAUAAAUCAACAAGGACUAGUAGGAACUAAUUAAAAAGGAUCUUUGUGAGUUGCUGGAAUGGGACCAACCACCCAAGGUACUUCGUAUAAAUUACGCUGCAUUUUAUUGUAAAACCCUAACCAUUGAUUAUGGAAAAGUGUUAUUUGUAAAAUGUGUACAGCUCUGUAAUUAUGUUGUUUUAUGUGAUAGAAAAUAAACAUAUUUUUUAAAAGAAAA